AUGGCAUCUCUAGGACAUGCACAUCGAGGGCCUCUGACUCGCCUGAAGCGGAACGCGAGGAGCAAGAGAGCCAAACUCCUAGCACAAAAUUCCGAGAACCACGCGCAGGGAGACGAGGCGUGGAAUAUGUACUUUGUCGAAUACGGUAAAAGUCUCUCACUAUUUUCUAGAGUUACUCCUGAUAUGACAACUCAGUCUCUCAUCAACGCAAAUGUGGUUCUCCUGUAUUCUCCAGGCAGAGCAAGAACAGGUGCACGUUCUUUACCUGUUCUAGUUCAAGGUCAUCCAGUGGUGCAAACUCAACAUACCUCGGAAGAGAUUGUCACAGGGCACAGAGAACCUGUAAUUAUGAGGGUAUACUACGCUGUCGUCAUCUUGAACUUCUGGGGUCAAGUUCGCUCCCAGUGCCUGUCGGAGGAGGAUGACCUGCCCCCUCCGCCUCGCCCGAGUCUCAGCCAGCUCACGCCCUUUAGUCUCGACCUGUUCAGGGAAGUCGUCCCUCCGUCGGGGAAUUUCCUCUUCUCCCCCUUCAGCGUCUGGAGCGCCCUCGUCCUCGCCUACUUAGGCUCCCGAGGCGACACGAAGACCCAGAUGGAGCGUGUCCUCCGACUCACCACAAAGGACGACACUCUCGCCCUCUACAGAGCUCUGGGGCAGAUUCGCGAAUCACCAGAAAAUUACACUAUAGACUCAGCCAACAGGAUUUACGUUGACACUGCUUUGCCUCUCUAUGAAUGCGUGGCGCGAGUUCUCCCUGACGAAGUGAAGAACGUAGAUUUUAGCCAGGCAGACCUCGCUGCUGCAGAAAUCAACCAGUUCGUCAACAGCAGAACCAGAGGCAACAUCCCGCACCUGGUGGACCCGCUGGACGUAUCUCUGGCUCGCAUGGUGUUUGUCAAUGCUGUCUAUUUCAAGGGCUUUUGGGAGCAUCAGUUUUCGCCGAGAGACACUACUCGGGAGAGGUUUGAUGUCUCUCCAGGGCGGCAUUCAUUCGUCGACAUGAUGGACCGGACGGGGAUGUAUGGUUUCGGCGUCUCGGAGGAGUUAGACUCCGACGUGGUGGAGCUGCCAUACCGCGGAGGCGCCGCGUCGUUGGUCGUGCUCCUCCCGCGGGACAGACAGACCGGAGGUGAGCUCGACCGGAUGCUCCAGCGCCUCACCCCCGUCGCCCUCGCCUCCGCCGUCGGGAACUUGACUCCGAGUAAAGUUCACCUGAAGUUCCCUAAGUUCAAGUUCGAGAGUAUUCUUCGAAAUGAACUCAUACAGGCUCUGACUCGCCUCGGCCUACGCGACCUGUUCUCCCCGGCGGCCAACCUAACAGCCUUCUCUCCUGCCGGGGGUCUGAGGAUCACCAACGGCGUCCACAAGGCGGUGAUGGAAGUGAACGAAGAAGGCGCUGAAGCCUCGUCAGGAACGGCGCUGGUGAUAAGGCAGAGAACUCGUCCUUUUGUCUGCAAUCGGCCCUUCCUCUUCUUCAUUCACGAGAAGAUAGUAGAUAACAUCCUCUUUGUGGGAGUUUUCAGAGAACCGCAAACCAAAAGUGGAGAUAUUUCUUAUAAUGUAGCUCGGAGGAUGUUACAUAUUGGAUACGGGAAGGCAACAACAGAUGAAGAUAAAUAACUGAUAUUUUUUCCACUCUUGCGCAUUGUAAAUUUUCGCUGAAGCAUCAUUAAUAUUUCUAGCGUUAUAUAUCUGCAUUUUUCAUGACAAAGAAUUUAAAGAAUGUGAAUUAAAUCAACAUAAAGAUAUGUUUUAUUACCGAUGAUGACUCUGCAAUCAAAGUGAAUCCACAUAAAUUAACUUAUUGCUUAAAAUUUAGUAACUGUGUCAUCA